UCGCGCAGUGCAGUGGCGUGAGUUUGUGUGUGUAUAGAAAAUCAUGGCGAAUCCGCGGAAAUUCAGCGAAAAAAUCGCCCUCCACAAUCACCGACAGGCCGAGGAGACUGCGGCGUUCGAAAAAAUCAUGAAAGAGGUCCUGGAUGUGAAGGUGGCCACGCCCAUCGUUGAUCGAAACAUGAAAAACACACUUCGGAUAGGCGGCGGAUUGGGGCAGACGUUAGGCGGCUCGCUGCCCGACGUUUCGGCCCCGCGGCCCAUCGUCAAGGCGGCAACGUCACCCGCCACGUCACCGAUCAAGGAUCCGCUCAAGCCGAACGAGGAACCACUUCACGCACGCAUGGUACCGGUGUCGGGACGUCAGAGCCGCACCAGGUCGCCCGUCGGGCCCAUCAGGAGUACGCGCGAGAGGAAACUGUCCCCUUACUCUAGCGGGCCUUAUCUAAGUCCACCGUCGGAUACAGGUUGGAGACGCACCAACAGUGACUCGGCUCUGCACCAAAGUGCCAUGCAGGGAAUGGCAAUGGACAGAAAUGAGUCACCGAAUCGGACGUCAUGGGGCAUGCUGCAGGGUAUGGGCGUGCCCGAUAGGAAUCCUAAUGGAAGACCAAGAUCUAGUUGUGAUGUUCCUCGAGUACCUGGAAUUCAUAUAUGUCCGUCGGCUCACGACCCCGGAAUCGUUCAGAUACCGAUCGGGAACAAUACCGGUUCAUUGCCGGACUUAACCAAUGUCGAUUUUUCUUCGCCUAUCCAUAUACCCCUCGACCAAGACCAGGAUAGUUCACCCUACAGUUCUAGUCCCUUAAAUAACAGCCCGUCGACCCUGUCGCCUACCAACGCACUGCCCGGCAUGAGGCAUCACGGGCGUUUCAAUUUUAAUCCGCCCAUAUCACAUUCGAAUCAUUUAUCAGUUCCAAGUAAUUCUAGGUACCAACAUCAGCUCUCCCAGAGCGUUCCGGUGGAGAAAAAUAGUAUAGGGAUCUCCGACAAUGAUUUCUCGAAUUUAAGCGGUUUGAGCGGCUUGUACCAGCAGCCGUGUUCACCUACGUCACCAUCACCGACGCUGCAACAGUUGCAAACGGAUGGUUACCGGAGUCCGAGGCCGAGUCCGCAGUCGUCACCCAGUCUGGGGGGGAGGCACUCGGCGCCCUGCAGUCCGGGGGCGCCGAGCCCUCUGUCGAACGACUACCACAUCCAGCACCAGAGCAUGCCGUUCCAACAGCACUUUGAACAGCUGACGGUGGACUGGGCACAGCUAGUCGCCAGCCUGAUGGAGUCCGGCUGUACGUGGAGCGCUCACUUGGAGUCGGACUCGCCGGUCGGUGCCAUAUCGUACGUCGACCAACCGGCGACCAGUCCCCAGUUGGCGCAGUCGCCCAACUUGCCUGACGUCACGUCCGACGCCAGCUACUACAGCUCGUCGCCGUCGCACCAGCUGGUGUAUCCGUCGACGUCUCCGGGUCUGCACACUACCUCGCCGAACACGCCCACUAGUCUGCCCGAAAUUACCCUUACAGAUUUCUCGGCCGGACAAGAUUUCAGCAGGCAGCUGGAGAACGAGUUUUUCACGGACGAACAGCUGAAAGAGGGUCUCGGCUCGCUGGACUCUACCGACUUUCAGAUCUUGAACAACUCGAUAGGGAUUUCGGAAAUACUGGAAGAUUAUAGAUCGUAACAAAGGAUCCCUCACUAGACUAGUACAAUGUGUCCAGUGCGCUAAAACUUCACAACCGAACUACCGUAGUGGUGAAAACCGGAUUUUAAACCUUUCUAAGUGUGAUUGUUAGAUGUAACGGACACCAAUCCGCCGGUCAGUGUCCGGUACGUGACCAAACGCGAAAAAAAAAUCUAUAUGACGAAUUUCGGAGGGACGACAGUGGCGUUCCAGUCGUCGCGAGAAAAUUAACAGACAUAAAAAAAUUACCACAAAGACUGAAGAAGGUCUUGAAACGACUGUUAAUUCGUUAAUUAACAAAAACGUUUUUUAUUUUAUUUUAUAAUUUCUUUUUUCUUCUGGGAUGGUAUGGCGUAAGUUUAAUUAGAGUUUAUUUUGUGGAAAGUUUACAAAUUGGUUAUAUUUUGCAUAUAUUGUAUAAAACAGAUGUUUAAGUGAUAAAAAGGAAUGUAUAAAAGUGAUUAUAUAUGUAUAUGAUUGUUAUAAUCGUUCUCGGUGGAGUGGGGGGCGUGGCCCGGUCGGCGGCGGUCGGCGCAGUUUUUUUACACUGGUCGUUCGGGCGACGUUUUUUUUGUAUUCACUAAAAAUUUCAAAAAUUUACAAUGCGUUACGGAAACGAAUAACGGUUAUUGCCAUUUGCUCUGAGAACGCAAAUGAACAUAAAGAUCUAAAAUUCUAAACAAGUGAAGAAGUGGUGUACCAAUUGUAGGUUUAUAGUUUAGGAUUGUACCCUUGUAUGCGGUCUCCCAAUGUCAGGUUUUGCCGACAGUGCAUGUCAAUCUUCCUACUCCCCCAAACAGGGAUAAGAAUUUUAUAAACCAGGGUCCACAACUUCUUCGUUUUUAAGAUACAGGGUGUUAAAGUAUUUCAGUUUUUCGUCAAUAUUUAUUUUCGAAACCGACAAGGUCAAUUUUUAAAAAAUGGCACCGUCGCAACAACAUGCCUGCAAUUAUUAUUAUCGCCAGACAUUUGACACAUACAAGUUGGCUGUGAAUUCCGAAGACCGUUUGAAAAUGUGGUGAGCCCCGCCUUAAAGCACAGAGAGUCACGGGUGACAGCGUUGUUCGUGUUCGUGUUAGUUUAAAAUCGCCAGUGAAUUUAACUCGCCUGCAAUGGUCGGAUAAAUUUGGAUUUUUGGUGUUAUUGGUAUAUACGUGACGUAAUAAGUGUUAACAAUUGAAACUGUAGAUUCCUUAUAAAAAAAGGAGAUUUUUUCUACAAUCACUGUGUAACAAAAAGAAACAUUUUUUCUUUCAAUUUUAUUUUAAUGUUAUGAGUGUAAAGUUCAAACAGUGACAUAUCAGAAUUUUAUCAAGGCAGUAUCUAUCCUUUUCGCUUGUUUUGUUUAUAUCAAAUAACACCUACAUAAUAAGUGGUAACACUGUUCAAAAUCACCCAAAGUCUUUCACUUUAAAUUACUUCUAAUUCGAAUUCAUUUAAUGAAUAAAUUAUCGUUUAACUAGUUUGUAACGAUGUUCUGAAAGACUAUCUAUUACGAUAACAAAAACAUUGCACUGAACCGCAACCGUAAAUGUCAAGAAUUUAUUGACAUAUUUUUUUGUAUUUAAUAAUAAUCUUAGUCACAAUCCAAAAAAUUCUCGAAGUUCUCUCGGUUCGGUCCUGCAUUGCGCUACCGCCAUGAUUCUCUGCGCCUGAGAUGCAUCUUUCCUUUGUGGUAUACGUACUUAAUACCCGACCGUUGCCGAACUAAGGGGUCGGCCUCAGGCCCACGUUUAAAUAUUUUUUUUCCGCUGCGAGACUCUCGUCAUUGUCAUAGCGUUGAUGAUUUUAAUUUUUGAUAUACCCACACCGGCGUAAAAUAUAUAUUUGUAAGUCACCUUUGAAAAAAAAUUCUAAGCUUUACAUUAUACAUUACUGGGUGUAUAGGGGGAACAAGACGAAUAUUUUCAAGAACCGAAAAAUGACUGACAAUGAUAAAGUGAGCAUAAAAAGGAUCCUUAAUUAUUUGUAAAAAGAAAAUAAAAUUGAAAAAAAAAUGGCAUACUUUUCUUGUAUCUCUAUCUCUUUGUAUAGAUGUAAUUUUUUUAAGUGCAAUACUUUUUUAUUUUUUUUAUUGUUACAGAAAAAAACAGAAAUUUUAUUGAUUAUAUAAGUUUUAAAUAAAUUUUGUGUACUUCCUAAAAUAUAAUUGGGAACGUGACGAAAAAUUUAGGCGGCCUUUUCCUUCACCCCACCGUUGAGGGAUUCUACUGGGAAGGUAAAGUCUGUUCUUAGAUAUAAGAAAGUGACUAACUGAUACGAAUUAUGGAAAGACCCGGGCAAGCUGUAAGAAUGAAAUAUGGUCGAACAGGUCCGUACUUUGCUUAGAAUUUAAUUAUUUGGGGUUUUGUUAGGAAAGAUACUAAACAAUAUUUAUUUAUUUAUAUAUGUAUUUAUGUUUAAAUUUAAAAUAAAAUUACAAAUUAUUUUUAUUACCUACUUAAAUUACUUCUGAAGAUGCUUGCUUGCUGGCAUCACGUUCAAUGAGAGUCAAAUAAACAUUGUUUAUAACUUAGUUUCAAUAGAAUAGUGUUUUCUACAUUUGGGCGGGAGCAUCUCAUGAGAUACACUAGACUCGCACAUAUUUUGCAUAAUUCGCACACGAUUCAACACACGCUGUAUUACAUACGAAAUAAGAAUGAUUACAAUAAAUUUAAACUGAGUAGUAUACCAAACCAAAGAAUAUUAAACACAAGUACGUAUUAAAUUAUUUUCUAUUACGGAUCACAAGUUUACCUGAUUUUAAAUUCCGAAACUUUAGGUAAUACUCUUGUUGCAUUGUAUGUUAAUGACCACCCUUGGAUAAUCCCAUUCAAAAGCAAUUGGUUACUUUCUUAUAUCUAUGAACAGACCAUAAGUCCUUGGAACACACGCCUUACCGGCACCAUUAAAAUUUUUAAUUUC